AACGACGAAUUUCAAAACUGCAUUUAUAGAAGAAGUUUUCGUAAUCACGCCCACAUUGAUGACACAGUGUAUUGAUAAUAAACGAGCAAACAGCAAUAUGCGAAAAAGAUGGCGGUUUUUUCACGCCACGGAUUUUCAAUCCCUGAUGUGUCCUUGCUUCACAGUCUGCCGCAUUCUUGGAAUAUUCCCAUACAAGAUCAACGAUUCAAAUUUGGAGGCUUCGGGAUCACUUUACAUCCUAUCGACAGUUGUUAUCUGCAUCUUCUGCGUUUAUGGGAUAUUUAUUUUCUACGAGCUCGAUAGUUUCGGAAUAAUGAUGUCUGUAGGCGUACCUAAAUCUCUUGAGCGUUACAGUUUUUAUACACUCAGUAGUUUCGUGGUGAUCGUCACGUAUGUCUCGAGGAAUCCACGACUGCUCUUGCUACAAACCGUCCUGGAUAUCUCUUCGAAACUACCGCCGGAAUCAUAUCAAAAGUUAUCCAGGCUAAUUCAUAUCAAGGACAUUUUUGGUGUCUUCGCCAUGAUCAUCCUGGCAAUAAUAUGUAUCGUUAAGUUUUCUCUGUAUUCAAUCUUGCUAACAAUAUUUGCAACGUAUCUCUCCUUAUUGCUAUUUGAAAUGGACAUGCUAUACAUGAAUUGCGUGUGUGUAUUGAAAAUCUGUUUCAAGAAAAUUAACGAUAAUUUGGAGAAGGUGCAGGAACUCGUGAUGAGUGAUAAACCUCAUCUACUCAGGCGGAUCUACCACGAGCAGAGAAAUCCAUUUCUGCUGAUGAAACUUAAAACCUUGAAGAAGCAACAUCUGAUAGUCAGCGACACAGUUCAGAUGCUGAACAAGAUAUUCAGUUUGCAGCUCAUUGUUACUAUAGUCAUAAGUUUCUCUGAGAUUACUUUUAACUUGUACUUCUAUAUAGUCUUGUUCAUGGCCAAAGGGGAACAAGAAUUUUUAUACGCGUUUUUCAUGAUGUCCGUGAUAUAUUAUGCUAUAAAAAUAGUAUUGAUAGUAUGGGCUUGCGAUAGUGGUAAAGAUCAAGCUGCAAAGAUUGGUAUCACCGUUCACGAUCUGCUUAACAGCACCAGCGAUAAGCAAAUCAAAGACGAGUUGCAACUAUUUUCUAUGCAAAUACUGCAUCGAGAAAAUGUAUUUUCUGCAAAAGGUCUUACUGUGGAUGCAACGCUUCUCACUGCGAUGGUGGGUAGCAUCACUACGUAUUUGUUAAUCUUAAUACAAUUCUUGGUCACAACGCAUUCUUGUGACAGAAAAGCUAUUAAUAUGACAGAAAUAAUCUAAAAAAAUUAUAAAACAUAAAGAGUUCUAUAUACCUAUAUAAUGAAAAAUGUUUGAUUAAACUCUGUAAAAGCAUUUAUGUUCAUUCUUGUAUUAUACAUUGAAUAUAAUUGCUCUGUAUUUUAUAUAUGCAUAUAGCGACAGUUAUACA